AUGUCUUUUUUGCCAGAGAAGCACGCCAACUACUUUAGGCUCUGUCUGAAGUCAAUGCCUGAAAAGGCACAGUCGGAAGAUGCAAACAAGUUAGCACUUAUAUAUUUCACCCUCCAUGGACUCUCUUUACUAGGGAAGUUGGAGUCUACAGUGGAUCGUGAAAGCGCCAUAGAAGAUGUCUACGACUAUUUGAUUCAGGACCCUGACAGUCAGAUCCAGGCAUUCAGAUCGAGCCAGACAUUCAAGCUCAGCUCGAAGAAUAAAGAGUACGAUUUGCAUAAUUUGCUGGCGACCUUCUUUGCAUUGGCGUGCUUGCUAGCCCUAGAUGAGGACUACUCCACAAGACUCGAUCGGGAAAAGAUCAUGAGGUUUGUGAGCCGAUGUCAAGUGCAGAAUGGUAAUGAUGUCGGAUCGUUCAGACCCGUCUUAGGUGCCGACCACGAAGCUUGGGGCGAAUCGGAUCUACGCUUGUGCUACAUCGCAGCUGGUAUUAGGAAAAUGCUCGGAUACGAUAAACUUUCGGCUCACGAGCGAGCCAACGAUAUUGACGUCAAAAAGCUCGAGGAAUUUAUCUUAAAUAAGGUGAGCUUCAACGGUGGGCUUUCGUCUUCUUCUCAUACAGAGUCCCAUUCUGGUCUCACAUUCUGUGGCCUCGCUUCGCUUAGGCUUCUAGGCAUUGACCUUUCAACACACAGCGACUGGGUUGAACUAACAAAGGACUGGCUUGUUCAUCGACAGGUGGACUACCCGCUGGUUUUUUACAAGGGUACUGCUUACGAGUAUUAUGACCACAUUGACAUUGGGGGGUUCAACGGACGAGAGAAUAAGUUUGCCGACACUUGCUACCUGUGGUGGGUAGUUGGGCUGCUCAAACUAUUGGAUCCACGAGGGGUUGAUUUGAUAGAUGCCGAAGCUUUACUCAAUUAUUUGCUUGACAAGACUCAGCAUAAGCUCAUAGGUGGGUUCGGCAAGAACACAGAGGCCUUUCCCGACCCUUUCCAUUCGUUUUUGGCGAUCUGCAGCAUUUCUCUUCUUAAACACUCACUUCCACACUUAUCGAUUGGGGGAGCGGAUGUUUUGCAACCAGUAGACGAAGAGUUGGUUAUCACUCAACGGCUGCGAAAAUUCCUAGACCGCAUAUGGAGGCAGUAG